AUGGAGAAUUUCUCUAAAAAAAGAUUUAGUAAUCAAUAGAAGUAGAAUAUAGCAAAUGAAACAGAUGAUUAUUAUUUAUAGGACAUUUAAAAGAGACUUGAAUCCAAAUAGACAGGCGGUAUAAUGAAAGAGUCACUUGAUAGAUUUUAUACAGAUGAUGUUCAUGAUUUAGAAUAAAAACAUAAACUUGCUACAAACAGAGUUAAAUCUCUAUUCUAUCUUUAUUUAAGUUUAUUUGGAGCUGUUCUAAAUACAUCACUUAUUUACUAUCCAUCUAUUAAAUUUGUAAAGAAAGUAUUUAGAUUAAACGGAUUUUGGAAUGUUCACUUUGCUGCUCUUCCCUUAAUAAUGACUUAUAAUGCUACCACUUUAGGCGUAGCUGUAGGUAUAUAUCAAUCAGUAUAAUAGUAAAGCUUUAUUAAUGAGUAAGUAAAAAGAUCAACAUAUAAAUUUUGGAAUAUUUGA